AUGGCUCUCUGGCAAGGCUUCAGUCAACAGUUACGUAAGGCAGUGCCUAAGACAGCGGGAGAGGUAUGCCUGGCUCAAUCACGGCGAUACGUCAGUUCAUCAAUCCCGCGGAGGUUGAGGAGCGCGAACCGGUGGGAUGUUAGCACAAAAAGGAGUGUUCAAUUCCCAUCACAAGGGUGGAAGUCGGCUCAGCGCUCAUUCUCUGCUACUGCGCAUGCCGCCCACGGUCACAUCACACCUCCUAAGCCUGGCGAGGAGAUCAAUAUCUCUUUCAUCGAUAAGGAUGGUACUCGGGUUGAUUUGCAGGUUUCCGAGGGCGACAACUUGCUAGAUAUUGCACAGGCUAAUGAUCUUGAGAUGGAGGGUGCCUGCGGUGGCUCUUGUGCUUGCUCCACAUGCCAUGUAAUCGUCGAGGAUCCGGAUGUUUUUGACAAGAUGGAGGAGCCCUCCGAUGACGAGAAUGAUAUGCUGGAUCUGGCGUUUGGAUUGACUGAGACCUCUCGACUGGGAUGCCAGGUCCUGAUGACCAAAGAUCUGAACGGACUGGUAGUAAAGCUGCCCACAAUGACACGGAACCUCCAGGCCAGCGACUUUGAGCAGAAGUAA